AUGGCUAGAUCCUUACCCAUCUGCCCGCAGAUCGACACGGCGGUGCUCACGCGCGUCCCCGGCGUCUCCCUGGACAUGCUGUUCCUCGUCGUCAUCCAGGCGCUCGCCGUCAUCUUCCUCGCCAGGUUCCUGCACCUCUUCCUCCGCCGCUACAACCAGCCCAGCGCCGUCUCCCAGAUCCUUGCCGGCGUCGCCGUGGGCGGCAUGGGCCUGCGCAACGCCAUCGUGCACGUGGACGUGGACGACGUCGAGGACAUGUACGGCGGCUACAUCUCCGCGGCGCGCGUCGUCUACAUGUUCCUCGUCGGCCUGAACCUGGACCUCGGGGCGCUGCGGAACGCCACGCGCCGCUGCGUCGCCCUCGCCUACGCCACCGUCGCCGCCAGCCUGCUCGUGGCCGCCAUCGUGUCCAGCGGCAUGUACGGCAGCAUGAUGCACUCCCCGGUGAAGACGCCCGAGCUGCUCGCCGCCACGCUCAUGCUCGCGCUCACCAACACCUCCUCCAUCACCGUUGCGCGGGUCGCCGGCGAGCUCAACCUCACCGUCAGCGAGAACGGGCGGCUCGUCGUCGCCGCCGCCAUCAUCACCAACCUCAUCUGCGUCGUCGGCGACGGCCUCCUGUCGUCCACGACGCUGGCCAGGGAGAAGAGCGAGGACAUGUACCGCGGCUCGCCCCAGAUCAAGAAGGGCUUCCUGGCGCUCGCCGUGGCGGGCGUCGCCGUGUGGCGGGUGCGCCCCAUGGUGACGCGCAUCAACAAGCGCAACGCCGGGCAGCACCACGUCAGGGGCCGCGACCUCGUCACCAUCCUCCUCACCAUCUGGUUCAUCAGCAGCUUCCAGCAGCUGCUGGGGUUCGACGGAAUGCCCACGAGCCUCGCGCUGGGGAUGGCGUUCCCGAGGGAGGGCCCCGCCGCGCGCACCGUUGCCGACGCGCUCGUGCCCCCCAUCAACGGCAUCGUCCUGCCCUUCUACUUCGCCACCAUCGGGAUGAGGCUGGACUACAACUCCAUGUCCGGCGCCAUCAUCGUGCCCGGCAUGCUCCUGACGCUUCUCGGCCUGGUGGGGAAGGCCGUCGGCGCCGCCGCCGCCUCGAGCUACCUCAACAUCCCCGUCUCCGAGGCGCUCCGCUACAGCGUCCUGCUCAACGUCAAGGGCCACGUCGAUACCAUGAACAUGAAGUUCGCCAAAUCGGAAGGGGUGUGGGCGGAGCAGGCGCUGUACGCGAUGAUCAUCGGCAAUCUGAUCAGCACCGUCAUCGCCGGGCCGGCCGCCGCCGCCGUUUUGCGCAGGGAGAAGGAGGAGUACCGGACCAGGCACCAGGCCGUGGAAUCGCUGGGCCCGGAGCAGGAGCUCCGCAUGCUCGCCUGCGCUCACGGCGCGCACGCCGCGCCGGGCAUCCUCAGCCUGGUGGAGCUCCUGGUGAGCGCGCCCCAUGAGCAGCCCGCCGUCCCGUUGUUCCACUUCUUCGAGGUCCCCCGCGACCGCUCCGCCCGGACGCCGUACCACCAGCAGACGCGGGACGACGAGGACAAGGGCGGGCCCGACGCCGUGACCCAGAUGAACAGGGUGGUGGACGUGUUCUCCCGCGCGACGGGCGUCUACUUCCGGCAGGUCGACGUGGUGAGCCUCGGCGCCACCAGGGACGCCGCCGUCGCCUGCCGCGGCGCGGAGGACGCGCACGCCGGCCUGGUGCUCGUUCCCUGCUACAAGGAGCAGCGGUUCGACGGCAAGAUGGCGUGCCGCCUCGAGGAGCGGUGGAAGCUCAACGCGGAGGUGCUGGCGCGGGCGCCGUGCACCGUGGGGCUCCUCGUCGACCGCCCGUACCGCCACAGCGGCACCAGCUUCCAGACGCCCAUCAGCGUCGCGCCGGAGAGCGGCAGGACGCUGGUGCACCCGUGCAGCGACCGGACGGUGACCCACGUUAUCGCGGCGGUGUUCCUGGGCGGGCCCGACGACCGGGAGGCCGUGUCAUUCGCGUGCCGCCUCGCGGAGCACCCGGCCAUCGGGCUCACGGUGUUCCGGUUCGUGAAGCGCAGCACGUACGACACCGUCACAUCCUCCGCCUCCCGGGCGUACGCCGCCGGCGGCGACGAGCUGGACGUGGAGUUCCAGGAGGGCGACGUGGACGAGCGCUUCCUGUGGCGGUUCUACGAGAACUACGCGUCGCGGGAGCUGGCCAUGUACGUGGAGAAGGUGGUGGAGAGCCCCGCGGACGUGGUGGAGACGCUGGAAGGGAUGGCCGGGAUGUUCUCGCUGGUGGUUGCGGGGCGCGGCGGCCGGCAGCCGGUGGAGCUGAUGGCCGGGCUGGAGCGGUGGGCGGAGGCCGGCAGCGAGAUUGGGCCCGUGGCGGAGAUCCUGGCGUCCAACGAGUCGCUGGAGAUGGGCUCCGUGCUCGUCAUGCAGCAGCACACGGUGGCGCUCACGCCGACGAGCCGAUGAUCAGCAUACCAGUGUACGAUCACACAGGACAGCGCAGAACAGCUUGUGUAUACUUAGUUUCAGAGUAGCAAGCAGAUCAUGGAGAACCAUGCGACCUUUGCAGUGUGGACAUUUGUAAGACUUGUAUCACUUCUCCUCUCUUUCUUUGAUAGCAACA